CGCAAAUGGUAGUAUUUGGGUUGAAUGAUAGAAAACUGAGAUAUAAAACAAUCGACAGACAUUGACUGACAUCCUAUGAUGUUGAUCCACUAUAAUACAGGUAACAUGGCGUAACCGAAGACAAGCACGACUCGUUGCCAUGGUAAUCAUUUACUUUAAAGUGCAAAAUGUAAAUGGCGGACAAAACAAAAAAAUUAAAUUGUGUUUUUGUCGUUUUAUUGCGAUCUUCAGUUGUUUUCCGUUGAAUAAAGACUAUUUUCGGAUAAAGAAUUACGAGGUGGUGUAUUUUAAUUUCUUCUCAAAGUGGUACUGUACGAGAUGAACAGACAAUUGUCGAAUAAACCAUCCAAGAAAGAUCGACCACGUUCAACAGAUAAAUCGGUGAAGGCUAAGAAGAAAGGUGACCAAACACCUGAGAAAGUUCCAACUCCUGUCCCAUCGUCAGCCGGAGUGGCAGAUGAAGCAGGGCAGGGAAAUCAAGCAAUCAACAAUGUUCUCUCUGGAGAAGAUAUUGACUCACUCGCUGUGAAUAUUGAAGAACUACAAAAGAACAGGCCGCCAAAACGUCCCGUAACUGAGAAGUCAUCUCGUCAAGUAACGGUGAGAAAAUCUGUCAAGAUGAAAGAUCUGUCUAAUGCUCAAACAAAGAAUGGAAAAAUUGUUACUGUGGCCCAUCCUGCAAAUGAAGAUCCUGAAUUUGACAGUUAUAAAAAAUUAGAGAGCAAAGAUCCUUGCAUUGAUGACCUUACUCCCUUCUUUGAACAUCAUAUUCUUGGAACCUUGCAAGAAUUCAGAGAGCAAAAUGAGAAGAGUCUUCAGUCCAAGAAAAUUCCAAUGUCACAAAAUGAAAAGAGCCAUGUUCCAGCUCCGGCAACCAAAAUAAUCAAAGGAAGGACCUUUCCAUCCCACAUCUAUAAGCCAAAUAUGGAUCAGUCAAAUGCUUUGACCAAUUGGGAGAGGCAGAUGUCAAAAAGAAGAAAACAACAAGGCAAUUUAGCUAGAUUGCUACAUACGUCGACAGAAAUGCUAGGAAUGAAUCAGAAUGAAGAGUAUCGUACAACCCAAGAAGAAAGGCAUUUGAUUGACAGGAGUAUUCAUGCAAAAGAUUAUGGUAAAGGAUAUCGAAUUGGAAGUGAAUUUUGGAAGCAGGCAGAACUGAUAGGCGAUGAUGAUACUGGAAUUCACAUGACGCUGACACAAACUGAACGAGGUUAUCCACCAGUGGUUGAACAUGUUGCUAAACCGAUUACGGUUAGAAAGGAGAUGGGUUUUGACUGGUCAGAUACUGAGUCAUACCGAAGCACAUUGAUCCAUCAUCCCUGGCGAAAAUCUGAGUAUCUUCACCAACGCAAAGAGGAACUUAGAGACCUUAUUGAAGAACUUUGUCCACAUAAACCAUAUCUUCAAGAACUGGAAGUAGUUGGUCAAUCAGUGGACAAUGAAAAUAUCACUUUAACAAACAAUCAAGACAGUCCUACAACAAAAAUGGAUUCUGUUACAACACUGAUCGAUAAAAUUUCUCAGGAUGAAAUCGAUCCUCUAUCAAUGCAUCCAGAUAUUUAUCCUCAGCCAAUCUUCGGUCCAUCGUUAAUGAUCGCAGGUCGUUCAGCUGCGUGGAAUGGCUCAACAAACAACAGAGUCGGCGAGAUAGGUGUGUCAUGCAGGGUCGUUUUAGAGAGCAAGGUCAAAGAAAGAGUCGUGUCUAUUUUGGAAGUCCAAAAUAACGGAAGCGCAGCCGUUUAUUAUUCGUGGAAGUAUGUGCCAAUGGAAAAUACACUUGGCACAAGUUUGGCUGGACAAGAACAAAGAUUCUAUUUUGAUAAAAACAGCGGUGUCAUUCUUCCUGGCGAUACUUUGAGAUUUCCGUUCACAUUCAAAUCAACCAAUCCCGGAAUGUUCAGCGAACAAUGGCAACUGGACACACAACCCGUUCUCAAUGGCGGAGCGGCUAUCCGAGUCCUGCUAAAAGGACUGGCCCUACAGGAUGACCUAAAUGCGGAAAAACGAGCAGCGCUCGAAGUGGAGCUUGGUCAGCGGCAAGCAAGACAGAUCGUUCAAAGUAUCUUAAAUGAGAUGCUGGAUUGUGUUCGUACUCCAGAGAGGCCGUGCAGCCCUAUAGAUGCAUAUCUUACGGACGAAGAGCUUUUCGCACGAAAAAAUCCAGAGGUGUUUUACGAUGAGGAGAUUGUCAAAGAAUUGAAACAGUUGUAUAAUGAUAUCGACCCGGAAGGUGAUUGGGAUCUUAGCUUGCUCUCCCUGCGUCAGCUCAUCACAGCACACACAUACGACGACGAUGAAAGAAUGGAUGGAUAUCUGUGCAGAUUGAAUGAACACGUUAAUAAACUAUCCUUUCCUCCACGAAUUCCUAAUAAUGAAGAGAUGUACUCUACCUGUUACACAAUGUUAUGUGAUAUGGUCGAUCAGCUCGUUGCAAAGUCAAAUGCAAUGAGAACUUCACUGGGAUUACCUGUCAAAGAUAUUGUAGAAGACUCAUCUUUGGCAGCGGACGAAGCACCUGACAAGAAGUCGAGAAAAACUGACCCUGGUCGCCUGAACGUGGACAAAAAAGACGGCAAGAAGGACAAGAAAGCCGGAGAACGACCAGUUUCCACACAAAAGUUAAAAACACCAACUGACAAGACAAAGCCCACUGCCAGAGGUUCAGGUACCUCGAGCGCACAAGCUAAGUUAUCAACUGAGGAUAUUCAUGAGACGGCUAACAACUUUGUCAUGACAAUAUCAGACGCGUUAUCACCAGCGCAGACUGUCAGUGUUGUUACAGAAGAUUAUUAUAAAGAAAAACUAUUCCUUCAGGCAUACGAAAUCUUAUGCGAAACUGUUGACAGAAUUGCUGGAAUAUUUCAAGACAUUCAAGUCAAUUCAAGAACUGGAAAAGAUUUUUGAUUUUCUAGCUUCAUAAUCCAGGUUGUACGUAACCUCGACCAGGACGUUGCUGGGUUUUUCUCGCGUGUCGCUUGCCGAUGGUUCGAAGACGGUGAGGAGUAUUGACCUUUUCAUAGCGACAGGAUUAAGUCAAAUAAAGAACAAUACCAUUCGACAAAUGCUGUGGUGGUUUAGUGGGUUAAGACGUUGGUCGUUUUUACAUAACAUAUAGCAUAUAUAUGUACGUUAUAACAUACAGUUGUUUGCAUUUUAGACGCGAAAAUAAAUC